AUGGCCGCACAGGCAGACAAAGCGCAGGAAAGCAAGGAGUUGUCGAUGGAUUUACCAGUGAUCGACGUGGACAUUUUUCGGAGCAAGCCUCGCGACUCUCCCGAGGUGAUUGCCGAGUGCAAAAAAGCGGCCGAUGCCCUUAUCACAUACGGCGCAUUAGUCGUGCAUGAUUCCCGAGUUUCAGAGGAAGACAACACCACCUUUCUUGACUUGCUGGAGGACUAUUUUGCGCAACCAGAGGAAGAGCUGAAGAAGGAUGAGAGGCCAGAGCUGGGUUAUCAAAUCGGCGUUACCCUGGAGAACACAGAAAAGCCAAAAUGCGCGGUAGAUGAGCCGUGCCUCAAGGUCAUUGAACGCCUUGCGCCAUCCGAACGGCCGCUGGACAUCAAGGCUCACUCGCCAGAUCCAAAGUGCAGAUUCUUUUGGAGAAUGGUCGAAAACCCGCCGUAUAAGACUGAGUUCCCCGGCUUGAAUGCUGCAAACAUUGUUCCGGAUGCUCGGCAAAUACAUGACAGAUGGGAACCGGUCAUGAACGCGUGGGGAAAUACUCUCAGAGAUGCAGUAACGGAUAUCUCUGGCAUGGCUGCUGUUGGCCUUGGCCUACCUGCAGAAGCAUUCAUCGAAGCCGGACGUUACGGACCUCAUUUGCUUGCACCGACAGCCUCCAAUCUCACAAAAUACGGCAAGAAAGAUAGUAUUCUCGCAGGUUUUCACACCGAUCUCAACUUUUUGACCAUUCACGGUCGCUCAAGAUACCCCGGCCUACACAUCUGGGCACGAAACACUGGGAGGCGCAUACCUGUUAGUAUCCCGCCGGGAAAGCACUUAUUGGUGCAAGCGGGCAAGCAGUUGGAGCAUCUCACCGGCGGUCUCAUCAAGGCUGGAUUUCACGAAGUAGUCGUCAAUGAUGCGACUCUCAAGGUUGUGGAACGUCGCAAGCAGGAGUUCCCUGAUAGACCAUUGGUCCGCAUUUCCUCGACCUUUUUCUACCACUUAUCGUCCGACUAUCUCUUGUCUCCGAACGAGAUCCUAGCCGAACAGGCGAGGAAAAUCCGUACAGCUCAGUUCGACCUUGGCAGAGACGAGGGAGAAGAGGUCGAGUAUCCCGCCAUGAAAGUUGGCCAGCAAGUUCAGAAGUGA